GCAAAUUCAAAAAGUUAAACUCGCUUGUGGUCUUGUACAUAUAUCAAGCCAAAUCUUCAAGUUCAUUGGGAGCAUAUCAACAAUGGAAUCAGAAGAAAACAGAGCCAAAAUAAAAGACUGGUUACUAAAAGAACUGGGCAAAGACUGGGAAGAUGACGACAAAAUGAGGCCCAAAUUCAAGGGCUUUAGCGGCCAAAGAUCCGACUGGGAGCCCAAUUACAUCUUCUGGCGAGACUUGAUCAUCAACCUCUCUCGCCAUCUUCGUGUCCUCUUCAUCACCCCUUCUCAGGUCAAGAGUGUGUGGUUCAAUCGAGGAGGCCUGACUCCUCUAUGUCUAGACCAUGUACUGCUUGAAAUGCAGAGUUCUGGUGAACUUCUUAGGAGUUCUGAGCUUAUUGAUCCAGCUAGUGGACGGCUGUCGCAGAUAUUUAGAAGAGUAGUGCGUCUAGCAGGCUUAUCUAGAUCUUCAGAUUUGACAGAAGAUGAUCUUAUUGUUGCCACAUUAUUGAAGGAGAAAGCUGCUGAAGUUGUUAAAGUGCUAUCUGACAACCAUUGGACUUAUUCGUGCAUCAUUACAAUUAGAAAAUUACAAGAGAUUUGUGGAGGAUCACGGGAGGCAUAUGCAGUCUUGAGUUAUCUGUCUGGGAGUGGAAAAGCAAAAUAUCUUUCAAUUAACAGGCAGGGGGUUAAAGAGGGUGUGAAGAUAUCUCUUUCGACAUCUGCAGUUUCCAGUCCUUCAACACUAGAUUAUGAUACUCUGCACUUAAUAUGGACAGCAGAAAAGCUUCAGCAACAGCUAGAUGGGAUUGACCAACGUUGUGAAAUUUUGAGAGAGAAAGCAUUGACUUCACUGAAAUCCGGAAAUAAAGUGGUUGCCCUGAGGCAUACAAGAGAACUAAAAUUGGCUUCCCAAAGUAGAGAAAAAUGUACAACACUUUUGAACCGAGUGGAUGAAGUCAUCAGAGCUCUUGCAGAUGCCGAGUCAUCAAAACAGGUGACUGAAGCUAUACAAAUUGGUGCCAGGGCUAUAAAGGAGAAUAGUACAAGUGUAGAGGAAGUUCAACGCUGUUUGGAGGAACUUGAUGAGAGCAUUGCUACGCAGAAGGAGGUUGACAAUGUUUUAGGAUCAGUUGGAUCGACUACCUAUACAGAGAUUGAAGAUGAGGACAUCGAAGACGAAUUCAAAACGCUAGAGCUGGAAUUUGGUGGUGCACUUUCUCCAGUCCUAGAAGUUGAUACGGGUUCAGCAAAAGAAACAAUCUCUUCUGAAACAGCUGACUUACUGAGCGAAUCCAUUGCAAAUCUCAGAAUAAAAGAUGAUAAUGAAGGCAAGAGAGCAGUAGUGCAGGAUUCUGCAAAAGCAGUGAGAAACAAUCGCACUCCUGAAGCUGCAUCGUAAGAAUUACAAGAACUUUCAGACUUCAGAUUCAUGCCGUGCAACGUUCGAACAGACAUACGUGUAUGUACAUUAAGCACCUGGCGGCAUUGAUAUUCUUGGUACUGCUACACCACUACUCUCAAGUCUCAAAGGUUUGCAUUAGUUUUACUACUAACAUGUUUUAAAUUCGGAGUUUCUAGAGACUGACAUGCCCAUAUAUGACAAAUACAUGCCAAUUUGCCAAUCAUUGUGGCCUUUAAAUAUUUAAAAUUUAUUUUAAUAAUAAAUAAUAAUGUCUGAAUAAGUAAAGCCGGCAUGGUCUUAUUUAUCA